AUGGCUAAGAGAAAACGGAAUACUGGGGGCGAUGCGGGGAAAAGUACGGAGACAGCGGAGGGCUCAGCUGGUCAGCAGACGAAUCUUUUACCCCAAAAAAGACACUACCGCCAAAGGGCUCACGCGAAUCCAUUCUCUGAUCACGCGCUCGACUACCCAGAAUCACCGCAGACAAUAGACUGGUCGGUGCACUAUCCAGCUUUUGCUGGCACUGGCAAGGUCCCAGAGUUCGCCGACGUCGGGUGCGGCUUUGGUGGUCUGUUGAUCGCUCUCGCCCCUAUUUAUCCUGAUACACUCAUGCUUGGCAUGGAAAUACGAGUACAGGUGUCUCAAUAUGUCGAAGACCGUAUCGCCGCACUUCGAACCACCGCGGUCGAAACGUCUACCCCAAAUCAAUAUCACAACGUCUCUAUAGUCCGCGCUAACGCCAUGAAGUUCCUCACGAACUAUUUCACGAAGCACUCUCUGUCUUCUCUCUUUUUCCUCUUCCCAGAUCCUCACUUCAAAUCACGGAAGCACAAAGCUCGAAUCAUAUCACCCACUUUGCUCGCCGAGUAUGCCUAUGUCCUCCGCCCAGGCGGGAUUGUGUAUACAAUCACCGAUGUCCGCGAUCUCCACGAAUGGAUGAAAUCACAUCUUGAAGCGUUCCCACUCUUCGAGCCGAUUGAUGAGGCCACCCUCCGUUCCGAAGGUAAAGGUCCGAUAUUGGACGCGGUGUAUACCAGUACGGAGGAGGGCAAGAAAGUGGAAAGGAACAAAGGGGAGAAAUGGCUAGCGUGUUUCAGAAGGAUCGAGGUUAGUAGAGAGGAUUGA